AUGAACAGGAAAAUUAAUUCUAUAUCUAAUAUUAGUGCAUACCCUGGACUUUAUUUCCAUGUUUAUAAAAGUUAUAUUACCACAGAUAUGUCAGCUAUAAAAAUAUACAAUAAAAAAGAAAAAAAAUAUGCAUUAUAUUUUUUUAUAAAGCUUUUUGUAUUUUCCUUUUUAAUUUGGGUACUACAGUGUUCUGAUAAUUUGUAUUCUUCAAGAUCAUGGAAUUACGAUAAUGAUUUAAAAAAUGUAUUAAAUUUAGGAGCUAAAAGAUUAUUAGCAGAAAAAGUAUAUAAAAUAGGACAAGGAAAGGAAAAAUUAAAAUUCUGUGAACAAAAAUGUAUAGUAGAAACAGAAUUAGAACAGAGGAAUGGACAAGAAGAAAUAGAGAAAUAUAUAAAUGAAGAACAAGAAAGUGAAAUAGAGGAAAAAAAUGGAGAUGAAGAUGAAGUAAAAUAUAGUGAGAAAACAUUAGGAAAACAUAAUAUUAAUCCAAAAUCAUGUUCAUUAUAUUCUGCUUCUAUUUUAUCUUUUGCUUCAUUUAUAUUAUUUAUAAUAUAUGUCUAUAUAAUUGAUCCAGAAAUUCAAAGAGUAGGUUUUUUGUGUAUUAAUUUAUCUAUUUUAAUAUUUUCAGUAAAUUUAAUUAUGGAAGAAAUUAAAACAAAACUUAAAGGAAAAUUACAACUUUCUAAUUAA